GGAAGUAAACAGUUGUAGCUUCAUGUGUCCUCAAAUCCUCUCUUUUUUUACUCCAAAUAUUUAAUUGUUUUAAUAAAAUGGACAGAUUUAUGUGGACAAAUGGACUCCUUGAGAUGAACGAGACGUUAGUUAUCCAGCAAAGAGGAGUGCGAUUUUACGACGGGGACGAUAAGGCUAAACUUGAUGUGGGAAUUGUUCUACUGACUACACAUCGCUUGCUCUGGAGAGACCAAAAGAACCACGAAUGCUGUAUAUACAUGCCCCUGUCACAGAUUAUAUUUUUUGAAGAGCAAGCAGCAGGCAUUGGAAAGAGUGCCAAAAUUGUCAUCCACCUGCACCCGGUCUCCGAAAAUAAGGAGCCAGGCCCCUACCAGAAGAGCAAGUAUUCUUACAUAAAGUUGUCCUUCAAGGAACAUGGGCAGAUUGAGUUUUACAGACGUCUAACAGAGGAGAUAACUCGGAAACAAUGGGAGAAUACGCCUGUGUCACAGCCGAUACCCACGGGAACAGGACCCAAGGCAGGAAGGACACGCGCUGUGGGGAUUGUGGGUAUUGAGCGGAAAUUGGAGGAGAAGAGAAAAGAGACAGAUAAAAAUAUUUCAGAGGCUUUUGAGGAUCUAAGCAAACUGAUGGAAAAGGCUAAAGAGAUGGUUGAGCUCUCCAAAUCUAUUGCCAAUAAAAUCAAAGACAAACAGGGUGACAUCACAGAAGAUGAGACUAUCCGCUUCAAGUCUUAUUUGCUGAGUAUGGGCAUAGCCAACCCAGUUACCAGAGAAACACACGGUUCAGGAACACAGUACCACAUUCAGCUCGCCAAACAGCUCGGGGACAUGCUGCAGGCUCCACUGGAGGAACGGGGAGGAAUGAUGGCCCUCACUGAAGUGUACUGUCUAGUGAACAGAGCCCGAGGGAUGGAGCUUCUCUCUCCAGAGGACUUGGUCAAUGCCUGUAAGAUGUUUGAGGCACUUAAGCUCCCUCUGCGGUUGCGAAUAUUUGACAGCGGGGUGAUGGUGGUACAGCUCCAGUCCCACAGUGAGGAGGAGAUGAUUGCCUCAGCUCUAGAUAAUGUGACUGAAAAGGGCUCACUUACAGCUGAAGAGUUUGCCAAGCUUUUAGGACUCUCAGUUCUUCUUUCUAAAGAGCGAUUGUUAUUAGCCGAGAAAAUUGGUCACCUAUGCCGUGACGAUUCAGUAGAAGGUCUGCGCUUUUAUCCAAACCUGUUCUGACGUAUGGGAUGAUAUAUUAUCGACCAUGACUCUCAGAUACUUCCUGCUGGACCCCCAAAAACUGAGCUGACAACCGAUUAGCCCUUGCUCUGGACACAUGUGGCUCCUGCUUUCCACUGUUUUUGUCAAUACCGUCUUUCAUAAGUUUUGUUAAACUACCUGUGUGUGUUACUGCAUUCUUUGCCUAAAGCGGGAUUCAUAUGUUAUGUAUUUAGCAGAUCAUUGUGAACAUGUUCAACAGUUUUUUCAUGAACGUGUGUGCUUCCAGUUCCAUGUUUAAUGCUAAGGACAUUUGUACAGCAGGAUUUCAGAGGGAGGAAGAUAAAACAAACUUUUAAAAUAAAUAAUCUGACAUCAGAAGAUUAAGAGGAAUAUGAUUCGUCUCAUAAAACAUACAGUACCACAUAUUUAACAGACUGGUGUGUUAAAAGUAAUUAAACAUAUUUUGACUUUAA